CUGGAGCGGACCCAGAGCGUGCUGAGACAGGCUACUGUGGGCAUCCACAACCUCAUGGACAAACUCAGCACAGUCAAGAUCAGCGUCAAGAAGUUCCCAGUGCCGCUGAGUAAGAUGGAGGUUCGGGACCAGUUGGACGUCUGCGAACAGAAGCUGCUCCUCCUGAUGAAACAGCUGCAGCUCAAGGUCGGACCGCCAGGGGCCGAGAGGGACAAGAAGAUGGCGAGCUCAGGGUUCCAGGCGUUCCUGGAAGGCGGCUUGCGCCAGGAUAACCUGAGGAUCACUGUGGAGAAGGAAGAGUCGGAUUAUGAAGAAACGUACGAGUACGAGUCUCAGGAGCACGAGGAGGCUCUGUCCCGCUCCGACAUCAAGCGGCUGGGAGAUCAGCUGCUGGACGUGCACAGACCCAAGAAGAAGAAGACCAAGAAGGCCAAGAACUAA